AUUUGCAGUAUCCUUGUUUGAUCUUGUGGAGAUUAUGGUUUUAAUUUGAUUGCGUUAGCCUUCAUCUAAAAUGCUUAGAAAUUGACAUUUUAAGCAUCCUAUUUCUCAUUGGCAGAAUGGCAGAUACUUAGUGAAUUAUUGGCAGUUGAAUAAUUCUCAAGUACUCAGCAGUAUUUGCACAACUAUGCUUUCAUUUAUGAUAUGAAGCUGGCGCUGGCUGCUGCCAAUGUGACACCAAUUGCUUUCGAAGAUGGCCUAAAUGUCAGUGUGCUCAGACAUUGUGAAAGUUUAGACUUAUUUACAUGCUCUAGGUAGAAGCAUUCCAGCUCAAAAGAAGUGAUAAAAUGCUGUAAGCUGCAUGUGGGAGGUGAGGUUUCUAUGGAAACUUUUCCCCCUUUUUUUUUUUCGACCAAAAAAAAAAAAAAAAUGCACACCAGUUACGGUAGGCUGCUUCUUCUGGCCUUUAUUCUGUUCCUUUUACAUCAUGAAUUAGAGCCUGGGAUUUUUGGAUAUGUUUUUGCCGUGAAAUUGCGUGACUCUAUUUUGUUGCUGUAUGAUUAGAAUAAUGAAAAUGGAUUGAGGUU